UGUGUCACAUCUACUAUUGCAUCAUUACGAAAAUAUGGUAGUAAGACAGUCAAAUUUAAUAGUGUUUAUAAUUAUUUUCUAGUUGUACAGCAGCUUCAGCAACGAUAAUUCAUUUUUUCAAAUAAUUCAUCAAUCAACUGCAACUUAACUUACAGCUUUUGACUACUAAGCAAUUUUUCAAAUAACAAUCAUACAAUUGUACACCAGUUGCAGUGGACAAAACAGAAAUGAAUCUUUUUACACAAUUUAAUUCGCGCUUAUGGAAAAUAAUUGUUCGUCACAUAAGUAUGCUGAAAAUGAUGAUCCUGAUAUUUGGAGCAUACAAGAAUCAAGAGACAGGAUGAGACCUGAUUACAGCAACAGCAUUUGAGCAGGAGAAGGGAGAUCGUAUAAAACUCCUUUCUCAACUGCAAUUCCGCACUCUACGAGAGACUAACAUACCACAAGGAUCGUGUACUGUCUAGUCAGUUGGUUUCAUUAGUCCCAAACAAACGCGAUUGUUUUAAAAUGUGUGACGACGAUGUGGCUGCACUUGUUGUUGACAAUGGAUCGGGCAUGUGCAAAGCAGGAUUCGCCGGAGAUGAUGCUCCAAGGGCUGUUUUUCCAUCGAUCGUUGGAAAACCCCGAUACCAGGGUAUAAUGGUCGGUAUGGGACAAAAAGAUAGUUACGUCGGAGAUGAGGCUCAAAGUAAGAGAGGGGUACUCACAGUAAGAUAUCCUAUCGAACAUGGUAUUGUUACAAAUUGGGAUGAUAUGGAAAAAAUUUGGCAUCAUACAUUCUACAACGAACUCAGAAUCGCCCCGGAAGAACAUCCUGUACUUCUCACAGAAGCCCCAUUAAAUCCGAAAACAAAUCGCGAAAAAAUGACACAGAUCAUGUUCGAAACUUUCAACUCACCAGCCAUGUACGUCGCUAUCCAAGCUGUCCUAUCUCUGUACGCGUCAGGAAGGACCACAGGCAUAGUGUUGGAUAGCGGAGAUGGUGUAUCGCAUACGGUCCCUAUUUACGAGGGAUAUGCUCUGCCACAUGCAAUUUUACGUUUGGACUUGGCUGGGCGCGAUCUAACCGAUUAUCUGAUGAAAAUUUUGACCGAAAGAGGAUAUUCCUUUACAACAACUGCUGAGAGGGAAAUCGUGAGGGAUAUUAAGGAGAAACUUUGCUACAUAGCUCUAGACUUUCAGCAGGAAAUGGCAACAGCUGCUGGAUCCAGUGCUUUAGAAAAAAGUUACGAACUGCCCGACGGACAGGUCAUAACAAUCGGUAACGAACGUUUCCGUUGCCCGGAAGCAAUGUUCCAACCAAGUUUCUUAGGGAUGGAGGCAUGUGGUAUUCAUGAAACUACGUAUAAUUCCAUUAUGAAAUGUGACGUUGAUAUUCGUAAAGAUCUCUAUGCCAAUUCUGUACUGUCUGGUGGCACAACAAUGUAUCCUGGAAUCGCGGACAGAAUGCAGAAGGAGAUCACUGCUCUGGCUCCGUCGACUAUGAAAAUAAAGAUAAUUGCACCACCAGAAAGAAAGUAUUCGGUAUGGAUCGGAGGAUCUAUUCUUGCAAGCUUGAGUACCUUCCAACAAAUGUGGAUAUCUAAACAGGAAUAUGAUGAAUCAGGUGCAUCUAUUGUACAUCGAAAAUGUUUUUAAGGCUCAAUUCUUCUUGUUUCGUUAUCAAUUGUACAGUGAAGUUAGCAAUGUGUACCUAAUAAAAAUGUAUAUUAUGUAAGAAAACCCAAUUUCGAAUGCAGCAGCGAACGACAUUCUUGUAUGAAAAAUUCAAUUGUUUAUCCUGUUGCACAUUGUUAAUAUCACUUUUUACUUGUGAAGAGGAAAUAUUUUCUUCAUUAACGUAAGAAAACCUUGAUUAUCUUAACAAGGAUUAGUUUUCGCAAUUUUUAUGUUAAUCGACCGUUUGAUUUAUAACAUCAGUAAAGUUUAAUCUACUACAGGGAAUCAAAAAUUUGCUGCAAUAUUUUUUAUUACUGAAAUUUACACACCAUAUAUUGUUACACGUCAACACCUCAGGUUAUUAUAUUUAUUGAUUUUGAUUUCAUACAGCAUAUGAAAAUUUGA